UUAGUUGUCAGCUGACUGCCAAUCCAAUUGGAGCUGCUGCACGGCGCGAAUUUCGAUUGAGCUGCGCGUUUAGAUGUAUUUAAACAAAAACCGAGCUGCAUUCGUUGCUAACAACACACUGGUGCAAUUGCGAAUGUGCAAGCUAAUCGGUCGGGGAUCGUGAGUGAAAUCAAGUCGAAAACUCUGCAGCCGGCAGUCAUUUCAGCUGCGCAGUAGGAAAAGUCCGAGGAACUAACUCAGCAGCAAAGGCAAACAAACAAACACAGGCAUUAUGACAAACAUGCGGCCACCGCAGAAGUCCAAGUUGCUGAAGGUCGUCAUACUGGGCGACGGGGGGGUGGGCAAGUCCGCCCUGCUCACCCGCUUCGUCUCCAACCGCUACGAGGAGAACAACUUCCACACCAUCGGCGUGGAGUUCAUGAACAAGGACAUAGUCGUCGACGGGGAGCGCUACACUCUGCAGAUAUGGGACACCGCUGGCCAGGAGCGAUUCCGGGCGCUGCGCACUCCGUUCUACAGGGGAUCGGACAUCUGCCUGCUCUGCUACGCACUCGACGAUCGGGACAGCUUGAAGGGAUUGGGUCUGUGGCGCAACGAGUUCCUGAACUACGCAGAUGUGGACCAGGACAAGUUUCCAUUCAUCGUCGUGGGCAAUAAGAACGACAUCCCGGCGCAGAAGCGACAGGUGAACUCCGAUGCAGUGCAGCAGUGGUGCGCGGAGCAGAAGGUGACCUGCCACAUCGAGACGUCCUCGAAGGCGGCCACCAAUGUGACGGAUGCCUUCGUCCUUGGCCUCCGCCAGUGGCGGCACAUGGAGUGCGUGGCGGAAGCGGAGCUGCGCCAGCACGGCGACACCAUCGACCUCACCCGCCCCAUUCGCCUGGUGCAGCGGCGCAUCUGUUGCACGGGCGGAGGUGGCGGCAAUGGCGGGGGGCAGGACGCGGAUGGCGACGAUGCCGCCAUGCAGAGCCCGGGCAAGAAAGUGUUCGGUCAGACGCGCACCGCCAACAAGGCGCCAGCCACCAAUUAUCGACUAUGAGCAGACAGACAGGAGCUGUCAGGAAACUUACGCUUAAUUUAACCGCCCUCCCCGCCGGUCGACCUUCAGAUUCAAUGCGUUCCAUUCCGCGGAGGGGAAAGCGCCACAGACCAAAAAGUACCACCCAAUCUUGCUGGCAGUAGGGGAGAUUACGUCGUUGUAGUGGACAUUCCAAGGGAAUGUCGCUUCACAGCAAGCUAAUUCAGAGCGAGCUUCACUGUAUACAAGAAAACGUACGUCUACUGCUCACUUGCUAUGAUACAAUAUUAGAAAAUAGGAUUCAAAUGCAGUAAUACGUCUUACUACAAUAUUAUUUUGUUACGUUACCAUAUGAAAUACUCUUACCUGCAAAACAAUCGUUUAUGGCGCUUGCAUAACCAAGGGUCUUGAGAAAAGCUAGCUUUCGGUGUCUAGUACGCAACUUUUAAGGCAAUCAGACUGUUGCAUUUUUGUCAAUGUACUAGCUACAUUUUUGUCUGAUCUAAACUAACUUCGGAGUGCCUUAAGUGUAUUUAUCUGAUAUUUGAGCUGGGAACAAUUAACAAUUGAAUAAAUUCGAAUAGCGCACGUCUUUACAA